AUACACUUCUACGAAGAUACCCAAAUCGAUAAUUGUACUCAUUUUUAGAAUCAGCGUGAUCAGUACGUUGCAGUGUCUCUUCAAGCUUCAACCGCUACCGUUUGCUUCUCACCGGAAUCCACACACCAGUCACCCAGGAUGAGCCAACAACAACCCCAAAGGCCUCAAGCUGAGGAGGAGCCGUUCACAUACGGGGACGUGUUCCCGGUCUCUGGUGAGCUCGAGGACAAACCCAUUUUACCCAAAGAUGCCGCCACGAUGCAGGCUGCAGAAAAUCAGGUGCUUGGACAGACCCAGAAAGGCGGUCCGGCUGCUAUGAUGCAGUCGGCGGCGACCCAGAACGAGAGAGCUGGUCUGUUUAGUAAAGACGACGCCACUGACAUCACCGGUAAUCAGAGUGUGACUGUAGAAGAGACUGAUAUUCUUGGGAACCGCGUGAUAACGGAAUCUGUUGGAGGACAGGUAGUUGGACAGUACAUGCAACCUGCUCCUAUGCAAAUGAGAUCUCCGGCGUCGGCCGUUGAUACCGACGACCCAAUUACAAUUGGGGAAGCACUUGAAGCGUCUGCGAUAUCAGCCGGUGACAAGCCAGUUGAUCAGAGUGAUGCAGCUGCAAUUCAAGCAGCGGAGGCCAGAGCUUCGAGGCAGAACAUUACCGCACCAGGAGGUAUUGCUGCAACAGCCCAAUCUGCAGCGAGUAUGAAUGCACGGACCAUGCGGGAUGAGGAUAAGAUUAAGCUGGGUGAUGUUCUGACGGAUGCGACGGCAAGGUUACCAAGUGACAAAGCGGCAUCGCGUGAGGAUGCUGAAAGAGUGGUUGGUGCGGAGCUGAGGAAUAAUAUAAACAUGGCCACCCAUCCUGGGGGCGUCGCAGCAUCCGUCGUGGCGGCCGCUAGUCUCAACCAAAAUAAAUAAAAGCGUGCUUAAUUGCUCUUACGUUGUAUUGUACAUAUCCAUAGUAAUUGCC